AUGGCAAAGCUGGUAUCAAUCGAACAGCGGUUGAUGAAAAAUGAGACUAAUGCCCGACUAUAUGAUGAGCAGAUGAAGGAAAUGGAGGAAAAGGGGUAUUCCAAAAAGCUUGGACUAGAAGAGAUACAGAAUUACAAGGGCCCUGUACAUUAUAUCUCUCAUCAUGCAGUCAUCCGCCCAGAGAAGAAGAGCACACCAGUGCGGAUCGUGUUUAACUCUUCUGCAUCCUUUAAGGGACAUAGUCUGAAUGAUUACUGGGAGAAAGGCCCGGAUCUCCUGAAUGAUCUGUUUGGUGUCCUGUUGCGUUUCAGGCAACACCCGAUAGCCAUAUCAGGUGAUAUAUCGAAGAUGUACCACCAAGUGGAGAUUCCAGAAACGGACAAACAUGUUCAUCGGUUCCUGUGGAGAAGCUACGAAUCCAGAGAACCGGAUGUUUAUGUAAAAGAAGUGGUAACAUUUGGCGACAAACCUGCACCGGCUAUGGCUAUAACUGCAUUGAAGAGGACUGCAGCAGAAGGAGCAUGCCAGUAUCCAGAGGCUGCAGAUAUAUUGGACAAGGACACCUAUAUGGAUGACAUUUGCACAUCAGUCUAUACAAUUGGAAAAGCCAGAGAUGUCACCCAUGAUAUGGACACUGUACUCCAGAAGGGAGGCUUCAGAGUAAAAGAAUGGUUCUCAAAUGGUCCAUUGAAUGAUGACAAGGAAAAUCCUGAUGAAAGACUUGUCAUUGGCAAUGCGGAAGAGCAGAAAGUCUUAGGCGUGGUCUGGGAUCCUGAGUCUGAUCUUCUAAAGUACAAGGUCAAACCUGUCAGAACAAAGGAAAAUGAGCUGAUGACCAAACGGAACGUUUUGAGUGAAUUGGCAAAAAUCUUUGAUCCAAUAGGGUUCACCAGUGCAUUUAUAAUCAGAGGGAAAAUAUUAAUGCAGGAGCUGUGGCAGAUUGGUAUUGGCUGGGAUGACGCCUUGUCUACCGAAGUUACAAACGAAUGGAGAAAGUUCUUCACUCAACUGGAAAAGCUAGAUGGUAUAUCCUUCAACAGAUGCCUAAUGCCAAAAGCAUCCAGACCUACUGGAAUUGUGGUAUUCUGUGAUGCGUCAGAAGCAGCAUUCGGCGCUGUGGCUUAUAUAAGGUGGGAAGAGGAUGAUGGAAAUUAUGACGUGAGGUUUGUUUCAGCAAAGUCACGUGUGGCCCCACUGAGAGCUAUCUCUAUUCCUCGGUUGGAGUUGCAAUCCAGUGUUCUCGCAGCCAGACUAUAUGCUACUGUGAUGGAAGAGAUGUCAGUGAAACCCGACAGAGCUGUAUUCCUGUCUGACAGUAUAAUUGCCUUGUCCUGCAUUAGAGGCCAGUCCAGGCAGUUUAAGUCUUUUGUUGCAAACAGAGUAUCAGAAGUACAGAUCCAGACCGACCCGUCAGAUUGGCGACGUGUCAAAGUGUCCAGAGGGAUUGCAAUCGAUGACUUGGAAGGUGAAUGGAGAAAUGGUCCAGCCUUUCUCCGGUUGCCAGAAGAAGAAUGGCCAAAAUGCAUUUUCAAAGCUGAGAUAAACGAAAUUAACAAAGAGAAAAAGAAAGAGAAAACUAUCCUGUUAGUAAGGGAAGUAGAAUGUGCCAUUGACUGUACAAAGUUCUCCAAGUGGAGGAAGUUGAUCCGUGUGACUGCAUACGUUUUUAGAUUUCUAACCAAUCUGAAAUCCAAAUGCUUGAAGGAAGAUGGGCCGCUGUCAGCAGAAGAGCUUUCCACAGGAGAAAAAUACUGGAUCAAAGAAGCCCAGAAAAAUGUACAUGAAGACAUGGAGAAGGGUGUAUUAAAGUCCCUAAGUCCUUUUGUGAAGGAACAUAUCAUCUAUGUGGGAGGACGAGCUGGGAACAGUCUGCUCUCCUACGAGUCUAGACAUCCAGCUUUGCUGCCAAGAGAACAUCACAUAUCCUACUUAAUCACGAGGAAUGUGCAUGAAUGUGGCCAUUAUGGUGUUGCCACCACUGCUGCUAAAGUUAGAAAUAGGUACUGGAUAGUGGGAGUUACGAGGCUGGCGAAGAAGGUGAAGUUCAUAUGUGUAACCUGCAGAGCCUUCGACCACAAUGCUGAGACACAGAGGAUGGCAGAUCUUCCAUUGGAGAGAUUGGCGCCGUUUACCCCGCCAUUCUAUUUCACUGCCUGCGAUUAUUUUGGGACAUAUGUGGUAAAGGUUGGACGAAAUAAAACUACCAAACACUAUGGAGUCAUCUUCACUUGCCUCAACACAAGAGCUGUUCACUUGGAAGUAGCAGUUGAUUGUUCAACUAUGGAAUUCCUGCAGGUAUUGAGACGGUUCUUUGCCAUAAGGGGACAUCCAAAAGAGAUACAGAGCGACAACGGUACGCAGUUUGUGGGUGCCCAGAGGCAACUGAGAGAAAUGUUGACUGGCUGGAGUAAGGAUGAAUUACAAGACUUCUGUGCAGAGAGACAGGUUAAAUGGAAGUUCAUUACACCACUGGCUCCACAUCAAAAUGGAUGUGCUGAAGCACUUGUAAAGAGCUGCAAGCAUGCUCUGAAGAAAGCAAUCGGCGAACAACGACUCACGCCGUUUGAGCUGCAUACCUGCCUACAAGAAGUGGCAAAUCUUGUAAACGAACGACCCAUCGGAGGACUACUGAACGAUCCAGACGAUGGUAAAUAUAUUUGCCCAAACGACAUCCUGUUGGGACGAGCCUCCAGUAGGGUUCCACAAGGACCGUUCCGUCCGACGAAGAAUCCGAAAGACAGACUGGAAUUCGUUCAGCGCAUAGUCGAUGCCUUCUGGAAGUCAUGGAUUCGAGAUGUCUUCCCGCUGCUGGUUCCUCGAAGGAAAUGGAAUGUGGACCGUCGGAAUGUCAGGGUAGAUGAUGUUGUUCUGAUGGCUGACCCUAACAUGAUUCGGGGACAAUGGAAGCUUGGUCGAAUCACUGAAGUGUACCCGGGAAAAGACAAUCGAGUGCGAAACGUCCAAGUCAAAACUGCGAACAAGUUGUUCAGUAGACCUGUUAAUAAGAUAGUAGUCAUAUGUCCUGUAGAAGGGUAUGAGUAA